AUGGACGAACGACAAUUGGCACUUGAGAAGGUGCCACACCCCAUCCACAUCAACUUCAAAUACCCGCCAUACCCAGGAGCAGACCUCAAGACAAUCGAACUCGACCUCCCUGAAGGUGCUCUCCUUCUCGACGCCAUCAGACAGUGCCGCAUUCAGCAUCAUGUCCCCGUCUACCUCGAGCACUCAUUCCUUUCAACCGCACAAAGUCUUAUCGAAUCCACACGGAGGGCUCGUGUCGACCAGGAAACAGCACGGGUCAACACAGCUAUGUUCUCUCAUAGCAGCACCACAGAAAACGACAGCGCAGAGUCAGGCACCAAUACCGUGAAUAACACCCUUGAGGAAGACAAUUCUGCUGAGGCCGAACUUCAAAGAGCUAUGAUCGAGAAUUACAGGAACCAUACCAGUCAGUUUUACACUCAACCAGAGGAGAACAUGUUCCCAGAGGCGUACCAUACACUAGUUCACUCGCCAAUACCCUCGCUAUUCGACUCGAUUCUGGAUCUGGAGCGUGAAUACGCUGGAGAGGUCGACGCGUUGCUGAGUGCUCGGGACGCCGAACUCAACGACAUACAAACAAGGCAUAACAAUAUCCUUGCCGCCGAAGCACCCCAGCGCAACUUGACACAGCUCAUGACAAGGCACAUCGAGACAAUGGAGGUGUCGCUAGCAACAUGGAACAGCCAGCUGGAUGACUUGCAGUCUAUGCAACGGUCAAAGUAUCAGGAGUUCAUUCUUGAACUCUAUGCGAUCUACAAGCGUCAGCAAUUGCACCUUCUGCACAAGGAUACACCAAACGGGAGCGCCAAUGGGCUUGCUGCUCUAGAUGGCAAAGAGAUGGUUGCAGAGGCAAUGCGUACAAUUGGAGCAAGGCAAUCGAACGUCCACGGAACACCCUCGGACCGGGCACGACAGUCCCCUAACAGCUCAUCGAAUUACAAGGAUUUGCCAGCAGUACCGCCGACGGCAGAAUCCCAGCCCGACACCCCAGGUGCAGAGGAAGAAGCUUCUCAAUCUCCACCAGAGACGGCACCUGAUACAUCUGCAACAGACGCACCUCAGGAAACAGUUGCCGUCGACUCCCCUCCUCCGCCUCCACCCAAAUCGGAAGAUCCUGAGCUGGAACAAAUGAUCAAGUCGAUCUUGGAAAUGGGAUUCGAUGUCGAACAGGCCAAGGGAGCGUUACUCAUCUCCAACCGCGACAUGGAUCAUGCCAUCAACCUUCUUUUGGAACAACCGGAUAGUAUUCCACGCCUCGUCGCUGCAAAACAAAAGGUGGAGGCAGCGAUGAAGGAGAGCAGCGCAAGGAGACAGAACCGCGCGCAAUCAUCACCUCAGCAACCCUUGCCGUCCUUGGCAGGAUCCCCUGCCUCCAACUCAUCUCAACCUCACACUGCGCAGGAUCCCAGAGUGCAAAAUGUCAAUCGUCCUAUUGACCGAUCUGCUUCCGUUUCUUACCCACGACCUCACAUCCCAGGACAAAACCAAGGAUCGUCCGGAGGAGCAGCAAGUCAAAAACCAUGGUCCCCAUUGCCAUUCUUUCAGCAACAAAGGAACGCGCUCUUGACCAACAACAGCAACCCUUCCGUCAAGAAGUUUGGUGGCUGGCUCAACAAGGCCAUAGAGAACCUUGGACUAGAUGAUGACUUUGAAGAUCAAAACGGAUUUAACAGGAACGGAGGAACAUCAGGCGCUGCACAGUCAUCUCACCAACAACCUUCCAACCUUGCCGAGUCCUUUACCGUCGUCUUGGGUAGCAGCCACUCCAAGGUGACGCACAACUUGCGACUGGUAGUAUCGGACCCUGCAGAAGUGUUCCCUAGCAACCGCAACAAGUCUGAACGCGAUGCUGCCAUUCAAGCCCAAACAGCAUCGUCACUUUACGGCAAGAACUUGACAGAGUUAUUCAAGGCCUGCCAGACCAGCACAGAGCUCCACUUUGACAGCAUCGAAAAACAGCUGGAGGCACUCGAAGAUGAAAUCCCACUUGACGGAUCGACUCUACAAGAAGGCGACUUUGUGUUGACGAGACACUCUAACCUGCCCAUGAUCCAUGUCGUCUUCCACCUCUUCUAUGGCAGCGCUUCCGACUCGACCGCAGCAGAAACUGUGGGAACUGGAGCUGGAUCACCCAACUUGUUCAAUCAGUCAUCGGACUUUAUUCCCAAACCCGACUUUUUGGCAGGCCUUCGCAACAUUUUGCGGACAGCUCAUCGACACGAAAUUACGAUGCUCUCUUUGCCGUUCCUGAUGAUGCCUACAUUGUUUGAAAGCCAGCUCGUGGCGGCAUCAGAGGCGACACCAUCAACAAGACACCAUCGGCCGGGAUCACAGUACGGAUCGCCAUCUCUUUCUACAAUAUCGACAGGGGCCUCUGGAGUCGGUUCAGCGGCAUCCUCUCCUUCGGUGUCGUCUUUGGCAUCGUUCAAUGCUGGACCAAACCAGCAGCGGCCUCAGGUCAACUACCACAUCACUGACCAGACGCGUCGGGAUCUGCAGAAGCGGACAGAAACAACCUUGCGGCACCUAAAGUCGUACCUGAUGGAGAAUGCACGACAGGUCAAGCAGGUCGGAAAUCAAGGGAGCGAGGCAGAAAAGUUCCGAGCCUCGCAGGGCGGGGAUGUCAUGGUGGUCCAGUUCCUGUUGCCGAAAGGAACGAGCGAUGAGAUGUUCCGGUCAUUUAGAGGUAUUCUUGUCAAUGUCUUUGGAGGUGUGUGA